GGUGCAACAUGCAAAUUACUAUUUCUAAAUUGAAGAUACUGCUCUCCCUGCAAAGCGAUUGAAAGAAGAGAAAUCCGUAAGAAUAUUUACGAUUCCCAAAAUUUGAAGCCCUAAUGGAAGCAAACGAUUCAGUGAACUUGACAGAUUUGUUCUUCAAAGCCCUAAUUCAAGAAGAAGAAAGCGGUGAGAGGGUGUAUGAAGUCGUCAAUCGGGUAACCGGUGCAACCUACGGCCUGAAGGAAUUCAGCAGCCACUACCACUCCAGCAGUCGAGCAGAAAUCGGCCGCGAAAUUCAGAUAGUUAAGCAAUUGGAUCAUCCGAACCUCGUGAAAUGCUACGAGGUGUUCUUUGUCGGAGACAUGAUUUAUCUUCUUUUCGAGCACAUGGACCGUGGCUCCCUUUUCGGCGCUAACAUCCGGAGUGAAUCCGAUCUCGCUAGUGUCGCGUAUCAAGUUCUACUGGGGUUAGCUUACCUUCACGAAAACAGAAUUUCGCACAACGACAUUAGACCCUCGAAUAUCUUCGUCAAUUCCAUGGAGGAAGUCAAGGUUUUAUAUCUGGGGAAAAGUUUUUCUAAGACUCCCUUGGUGGUGAGUGGAAUUGGAGCAUUUCAUGAUGAGUUUUCGUGGGAUGUAUGGAGUGUAGGAUCGAGUAUUUUGAAGUUGUACAAGGAUUCGCAUUUGGGUUUUAGGGACAGAGAUAUUCACCAAGUCAAUGACCAACAAGAUUUCGACUUGUUGUGGGAGAUGCAGAAAUCACCUCAGAGUCUGGAAGCGCAGGUGCAGAAAACAUCGGCCGAUCUAUGGACGUUUCUCGCGAGUUGUAUGCAGACCGAUUUAUCCAAGAGGUGGACUGCCAAGGAACUAGUUAGCCACCCCUUUGUUGGCCAGCUGCAUUUGCGCACAGAGGACGCAAUGGAGAAGAUGAUUAAAGCUGAAACUUCUGCAUCUCUCUCUGAUGCACUAUCCUGUGUAACAGAAGAGCAACUUGGUCCAGAAAAGAAAAAUCUGUUUAUGUUAAGGAGGAUGAUUAAAGCUGAAACUUCUGCAUCUCUUGCACCAUACUGGGUAACAGAAGAGCAACUUGAACCAGAAAAGAAAAAACUGAAAAUUUCUGUAGAGGAUAAGGAUAGCACAUACAUGGUGGAAACUCCAAAAGAUCCUGCACAACAUGUACCUCUUGUACAGUUGGGGCUUCAUCAUAUAUUGAAUUGUCUUCAAAGAUGCAUCCAACACUGCACCUUAUUUCUUCCAGAUUAUGAAUUUGGAAAGGAUAAAUUGGUUCAGCUGUGGAUUGCUGAAGCUUGCAUUGAAGUAGAAGCACCAAAAAGAAUGGAGGAUGUGGCUAACUCAUAUUUUGAUAUUUUGGUUCAUGAGGAAUUCAUAAUACAGUCAAGUUUUGAUAAUCUUUACCGACACGCAAUAUACAAAGUCAACGCAUCUAAAGUUUCUACUUGGAACCUUCGAGGUGGUAAUUAUUUAAGAAUUGAAGAAGGUAAUUUGGGAAAGAUUUCUGGAGAAGCCCUACAUUUGACAUGGCACUGUAAGAGGCUCGAUCGAACUCUAUCUGAUGCUCUGAAAAAUUUCAAGCAACUCCGCACACUCCUAGUUUUUGAGGAUUGCGGUGCUGUGAUCAAGCAAUUGCCCAGUGGUAUCUUUUCGGGCUUAAAGCUCUUAAGAACGUUGGAUUUAAGUCGUACCUAUAUAUCAGAAUUACCUGACUCCAUUGGAACAGUGGAAUCUUUACGAUGUCUUGAUGUGUCUGAGACUUCCAUCACGAGAUUGCCUGAAUCAACUGCUCGUCUUCUUUUUCUGCAAACAUUAAGACUCAGCCGCUGCUUUGGACUUUCUGCAUUGCCAAGAGGAUUGAGUAGGUUAGUUAACCUUCGCCAUCUGGAUCUUGACAUUAUUAGCCAAUUGAAGUCCAUGCCUACAGGAAUGGGAAAUUUAUCUAAACUUCAGACAUUAAAGGCAUUCAUUGUGGGAAAGAAUGAUGGAUGUGGCAUAGGAGAGUUGAAAAACAUGAAUGACAUUACGGGAUCAUUUUGUAUCUCAAGGCUUGAAAAUGUAACCAAUGCAGAGGAGGCAAAGCAAGCUGCACUGGCUGAUAAACAACGCAUAGAUAAGCUGGAGUUGAGAUGGCAUCCUCAUGGAAAUGACAGUUCCCAGGAUACAACAGAAAUUUUAGAAUGUCUACAACCACAUUUUCACCUCAAAGAGUUAGAAAUAAUAUUUUUUAGUGGUUUGAAGCUUCCUAGUUGGAUAAGCAAUCCAUCCUUCACCAAAAUUGCCAGCAUUACUCUUUACAAGUGCAUAAAUUGUGAUAUCCUUCCGUCUAUGGGGGAACUACCUUCUCUGAAGACUCUCCACAUUGUUGGGAUGAAAAUGGUGAGGGACAUUAACACCUUGUUCUGCAGAACUCAUGGAGCUUGUGGAUUUAAUGCAUUUCCUCUGCUAGAGGAAUUGACAUUUGACAACAUGCCUAACCUUGAAGAAUGGACUGGAAUACAGGAUGGUGAUUUCCCAUGUUUACGUCGCCUUUCCACAAGAUAUUGCCCUAAACUUUCUGUUCUUCCAUCUAUGUCCUAUUUCUGCUCUCUCCAACAUUUGGAAGUCAGUUACUGCAUGCAGUUGAUUUCUUUGGCUGAAGGACUACUGCCAGGUUCCCUUGAAAAUCUAAUAAUAAGAGACUGCCCUAAUUUGAACGAGCGGUGUAACCGGGAUGGAGGACAAGAUUGGUUCAAGAUUGCUAACGUAAAAAACAUAUGGAUUGACUUGCAAAAACUUUCAUUAGAUUAAGCUUGCAAUCUCAACUUCAGAAGGUAUGUCUUGUCAUUGACAGUUGUGACAUACGAGGAACAGAGCUUGUGCAUCUUUGGAAUUUGUUCCUAUUUGAAGCUCAUGGGUUCGAUUCUCCCUUUCAAUGUGUGUCGUGAUAAAUUGGACAGAUUCGAAAGGAAAAGAACAUUUUAGGUACAUCUCUUUGCUUUUACAUGGUUUGGAAUGUAGAAAAUCCUUGUCAUGCUAUUUGAUGUUCACCUCAAUUUUCUUAUGUUGCAUGGGUUUGACACAUAAAGAAUCGGAACUUAUGUUGCAUGGGUUUGACACAUAAAGAAUCGGAACUUAUGUUGCAUUGGUAUGAUAUGGACAAACAAAUAUGAUAAUUGCAAUUACA